CAUGCAACGGAGGGGGCGCGGCCUCAUUGGGCGGGGGUGGAGUGUCAGACAGUCGCGGGGUCUCUGCUGGGCAAGUCCGCUUCGUUGGCAAGGAGCUCGGCUGGAGCUAGGAGCGGCGCACCGCAGGCGGGAGAGGCCGUUAAGUGUCAUAGUUACAUUUGGACUGUUGGAUAGAAAAGAAGGGAAAACAAAAGACAGACAAGCAUGUGGAUUCAGCCUUCUCUCUCCAGGCAACAGUGAGAGGAAUGUAGGUCUGAUUCAGAAAAACAGAGUCAGAAGGGACUAUCAGGAAAUUUCUCCUUAGUUCUAAGUUGCUUCUCUCCUUGAUUAGUUUUCACCCAUUGGUUUUUGUCCUACUCUCAGGCAAAGUGGAUUUCCCAUGAGCUGUGAGAAGGCUUCUGGGCUCUUUUGAAUGUGCAUAUUGAUCAAGUGGAAAGAAUGGCCCAAGUUUUGCAUAUGGGGACUGCUUUCCCAGGAAAAGUCAAUCCAGCCUCUACUACAAUCUUCCAUGGGAAGGAGCAAGAUUUAACUUACUCGGUGGAGACUCCUUAUGGCUACCGUCUUGAUCUGGACUUUCUCAAGUAUGUGGAUGAUAUUGAGAAGGGCCACACUAUUAAGCGCAUUCCAGUUCAUCGCCGACCACGCUACAGCUCAUUGCCCCGGGGCUAUGGCUACACUGGUUCAUGGUGGACAUCCACUGAGUCCCUCUGUUCCAAUGCCAGUAUGGACAGUCGCCAUUCCUCUUAUUCUUAUUGUGGCCGUAGCUUCUACCCACAGUACACUAAUGCAAUUCACAGCAAUUUCAAUGCCCGUGUGGAGAAAACUUUGCUGGAUGCUAAAAAGAAGUUAGAAGACCAGGCAGACCUAGAUGGGGAAACUCCUACAGCAAGUAGUCUAGGAAGUCUCCAUAGCAGUGUAUCUGGAUCAACAAAUUCUUUGGUUGGAAGCCAGAGUAUUUCCCAUCAAACUUCUUACAAUGGCUCACACCAAGGUGCUCCUGGACAAUUCACACCAAUUGGUUCUGGGUUGUCCACUCCAGUCUCACCAACUCCAGGACAUCUUCAAUAUGUUCGUGAGCAGAUGGCUGUGGCUUUGAAGAAGUUGCGCCAAUUAGAAGAACAGGUCAAGAUGAUCCCAGUCCUUCAAGUGAAGAUCUCAGUGCUACAGGAAGAGAAAAGGCAGCUAAGUGUUCAGCUUAAAAGCCAGAAGUUCUUGGGGCACCCAGGUGGAUUUGGCAAGGGCAAAUCACGAGGAGAGCUCUACAUAGACAUCCCUGAAGAGGGGGCAGGUGGAAAUACAGAGGACAGCAGUACCAGGCCUGACAUGAAGGGUAAAUUGGAUAAGGAGGAAGUGAAGUCAGUGGGUGUGAGAAGCACAGUUGAAGAUGGAGAAAUGAAUGUGGACAUGGGAAGAUGUGACAUAGGGGUAGCAGUCAAGGAGGAGCAGUUGGGAUUGCCUUCCCCAGAAGUGGAGCAGCAAUGCCAAGCUAUUCAGAUCCUAUCCAGCAAAAUUGCUGUGUUAGAAACACAACUGAAGAGAGCACUUCAAGAUCUCCAAGCUGCCCAUCAGAAACUGGAGCAUCAGGGCAGGGAGAAGAAAGACAAAGAAACUUCGACAAGAGAUGAGGGCCUGAUAGAAUGGGAAGCAAGGGGAGAAGGUGCACAGCAGUGGGAUGCCCCCAUGCAGGUUGAUGCAGUCAAAGUUGUCCAAGUGGAAAGGGAACCAGAUAUUGCAGCCAGCAUAGCUACCGGGCCUCAGAGGGCACAGGUCCUGGAGAGCAAGGAGCCUUAUGCCAGCCUCAGGCCUUCAGCAGACAAAGAUUCAGUCUCUGAGAAAGUUCAAGUGCCACUUUGUGCCACAUACCACAGCAGUGAGGUGAUGGAAACCACUUUCCCAAUUCACACUGGAGCAGCAAACACAGCCACCACCUUUCACUCUGUGAAAAAGAUCAGCAUUGUCAACACAGAAGAGGAUGGGGAUGGAAAGAAAGAAACAAGAGAGACCAAAGAAUCACUAGAGAAAAUUGAAGAUUCCCUUCUUGACUCCCUCCAAGGAGAACAGGUGGUUCCAUGCAUCUCUCAAGAACCUAAAUUGGAUGUGCAGAAGAAGGAAGAGGAUCAAGCUUCGUCCACUGCAGGAAUCUGGUCAAUUAUGAAGAAGAAGGAAGAAGCUACAGAAAUACUGACUAGCAAGAAGAGCCUCCAGUUUGUGGGUGUCAAUGGAGGGUAUGAGUCUACUUCCUCUGAGGACUCCAGCACAGCUGAGAACAUCUCAGACAAUGAAAGCACUGAGAGUGAAUACCAUGAGGCAAGUGAGGGCCUCCCUGCUGGGCAGGGAAUUGUAGCUGAAGCUCCGAAGCUUUCUGGAAUAACCACAGAUACACUACAUCCUGGAGUCCCUGUUGAGGUGGGGAAAAUAACCACAGCAGAAGGUCCCAACAAGGAACCAGCAAGCAAAACUUGGUUGGGUCUCAGCAAGGAGUUGCUUUCAGCUUGUGCAGUUCUUCAAAAAUACUUAGCGAGUUUGAAUCCACAAAUGGAUGGAGAGACGAAAUUAGCCUAUACCACAAUGCUCCACUAUUGGCUCAAGCUUUCCUGCCACAAAGAAGCCGAUCCAGAGUUGAUCUCGCUGCAUUUGAAAGAUUUCCAUACUGUUUCCCCGCAGUUGCUAGAAUUCAUUAUCAAUAUGGCAGAUGCCAAUGGCAACACGGCCCUGCAUUACACAGUCUCGCAUUCCAAUUUCCCCCUUGUUGCAAAGCUGCUUGAAACUGGUUUGUGUCAUGUGGACCAACAAAACAAAGCUGGCUAUACAGCCAUCAUGCUCACAGCACUGGCUGCCUCCCAGACAGAGAGUGACAUGGGGACUAUUAUGCAGCUACUGAAAAAGGGCAAUGUGAAUGCCAAAGCCAGUCAGGCUGGGCAGACUGCAUUGAUGUUAGCUGUCAGCCAUGGGCGUCUCGAGAUGGUGCGUGCCUUGUUAGCAAGUGCAGCAGAUGUCAACUUGCAAGAUGAUGAUGGCUCUACUGCACUGAUGUGUGCCUGUGAACAUGGCCAUGCUGAGAUUGUCCGCCUGCUAUUGGCUACCCCUGAGUGUGAUGUUGCCCAGUCAGACAAUGAUGGCAGCACAGCUCUCUCCAUCGCACUAGAAGCAGAUCAGAAUGACAUUGCCACCAUGCUGUAUGCUCACUUGAACUUUGCCAAAGCCAUAUCACUGGAUACCUUGGAGCAGCCAGAGCCUGAAAAUGCAGAUACAAUAUUCAGUGAUUCUCUGUAACCCAAAGUAAGAUGAUAUUGUUAUCCAAAGUUUUGCUUGAAAAUUUGACAGUCUGGAUGAAGGAAAUAUAUAUCUACAAAACCAUAUCCAUUGCCAAUGUAUACAAUUCUCUAAAAAUGCUUCCUGUCCUUAGCUUCUCUCACUGCCUUCAUCAGCUGAAAUCUCACCAUCCAUUCUGCUCAGAGGGAAGGAAAGCGGACCUUCCAGGAGAAGGAACUUUAUGAGCUUCAUUUCAACAAUAUGGCCAUGCAUUCAGCUAUGUUUGAUGAGAUGCAGUUAUGUCAGAUAGUGAGCCAAAGGGAAGAUUGGAAGUUUAAGGUCUCUAGAUGUUGCUGUGACUUUUCUGCUUCAUCAAAACUAAUGUGUCUUAUCUUUUUUAUCCCAAUUAUUCAAGAAGCAAGAGACACUGCAGGGCAUAAAAGGAGGCCAAAAGGAACAAUUGCAGUUCCCCUCCACAAACAUUCCAAAGUAGUUUGACUGAGAUCCGCAGGCAUUGGCCUCGCUAAUAAAUUUGAACUGCUCCAUACUUCCUUCAGUGCCCACAUCACCUUGUUUUUACUUCUUCUGUGUAUUCCUCAGGUGAUUUCCCAAAAAACUGACAGUUUUCCCAAAAGACCCAUGAAGUAAUAGUUUCUGAGCACAAUGUGAUGGCAGGUAAAUACUUGGAGAUGCUGGCUUGAUCCAGGAAAAAAAAAUCAUCAUGCCCAUCAGAAAGCUUCGGUGUUUCAAAAGGAAAAAUUCAGCAUUAGGGCAGCUGAGAUUGACCAAAGCUGAGUGGAAAAUAAAUCAGCUUAACUGCCCAAAUUGAAGCACCAGUGGAGCUAAUUCUUGAGCAAUAAAAAGUUGCAAGAACUUGAUUAGUUUGGUGUUUCCAUUCCAUUGUUGGAGAGCAGGGGUGUCAAACUCGCAACGACACAUUGUCAUCACGUGACGCAUCACAACUUUUUCCCCCUUUGCUAAAACGGGUGGGCAUGGCCAGCAUGUGAAGCAUCCGGCCUCCGGGCCGCGAGUUUGACACCCCUGUUGUAGAGGGACCCAGCAGGCUUUAGAUCUAUAUCUCUGUAUGAACUUGCUUUGCUUCUUUUCAUCUAGGAACCUGAAGUGUGUAUCAGCAGCCAAAAAAGUCAAUGUAACCCUAGGUUAUAUUAAUAGUGGGACAGAAUAAAGAUCUCAUGAAGUUCUAGUACCACUUUACAGUCUUAGCAAGACCACACUUGGAGUACUGCAUCCAGUUCUGGUCACCACAAUAUAAAAAAAAUGUUGAAACUAUGGAAAACGUGCAGAGAAGAGCAACAAGGAUGAUUAGGGCAAAACCAUAUGAAGAACAGUUGCAGGAACUGGGUAUGCCUAGUCUAAAGAAAAGAAGGAUUAGGGGAUAUAUGAUAGCAAUGUUCCAAUAUUUCAGGGGCUCCUACAAAGACGAGGGAGUCAAAUUAUUUUCCAAAGCACCAGAAGGCAAGACAAGAAGCAAUGGAUGGAAACUUAACCAAGGAGAAGAAUCUUAGAACUAAGAAAUUUCCUAAUGGUGAGAGCUAUCAAUCAAAGGACUUGCCUUCAGAGGUUGUGGGUGCAACACACAAACUUCAUGUAUUUGGACAUAUAUUUGUCUGAAAUGGUAUAGGGUCUCCUGCUUGAGCAAGGGUUGACUAGAAGACCUACCAAGUCCCUUCCAACUCUGUUAUUCUAUGAUUUAUUCAUGUUCCAUUACAAAAAGGGCAAAAUAUUUUAAAGAGGCCAAUGAAGGAGUGUCUCUCUAAAUCAACUCCAUACAGAAUAGAUAAUUCUUUCAUUUUCUGUUUUAAACUAUGGAACGUCUGUAUGUAAUUUACCUGAAUUAAUUUUUGAAAUCCCUACCUAAAAUAAGCAGAAAUUAUUUUUUAUUACAAUGCAAAAUCACAAAAUAAGCAGUGAUUAAAUAGAUCUAAAAUAAGUAUUUGACACUGAAUUGUAAGAUUUUAUAAAAUUGUCAAAAUAUUUGUAUGAUAAAUGUAUCAUUACCAAUAUAAUGCAAGUCGUAAAAGGAUCAUGGAACAAAUAUAUGCUUUACAUAACAAAUACAUACCCAAUCCCAAGAUUAUACAGUAGCCAUUUUUAGUUUAGACCAUACACAUACAAACAUGUAUAUAUAUAUACAUAUAUAUAUAUAUGCAUGUAUGUAUGUAUGUAUCAUUUUUUUAAAAUAUAGAGAUGCAAGAAUGCUUGUUGUGCAAAGAUGCUUACACAGCUCUUAUUUAUUUAAACAAAGUUUGCACAGGAAAUUUUCUCCCAGAAAAUUGGACCCUUAGCUAAUAAAGACUAUCCUUCUGGAUGGCUCUGUUCAGUCAGAUUUACUGAAAUUGAACAGUGUUAAUGCAAGAACAAUAUGUAAUUGAUAUUUGUCUAAAUAGUGAAAUAAAUAUUAAAAGUUAGGCAAAUCCAUCCCUCUUGUUGAAAGAAUCAAGCUGAUUAAUGGAUGAAGAUUUAUAUUCCAUUUGCUUUGUAAGUUGAAAAGUUCUCUGCAAUUAAUUCUUUGAGUGUCAGAUGCCAAACUUUACUCUCCUAGCAAGAAGUAUAAUAAACAAGAUGAACAAUAGAGGUUUCUGUAAUUGCUAAUCAUUUGAAGUAAUAAAGGGCACAUCAUAUUUUUAUAUCAAUAUAUACAGUAGUAAUAUACACCAAGAAAAUGACUAUCUGUAAAUUAUUCAAUGCAAAUUACAUGAGGUUUUUUUAAACAAAAACAGAAGGCUAUGUCCAAAGUGUAGGAGAGGCUGGCAGAAGAACUACUGUCUGAGCUGCAAAUCAUCUGGCUGACACUUUGCACAAUUUAUAUCCUGCUUUGUGUAAAAGUUAUUAGAAACAAGUUGGGAUUUGUCAGAAGUUGGUUGGUUUUUCUGUGACUCUGAAUACAUAAAGGGUACAAGGAUUUCUUCUUAACAUUCAUUAUCUGCUGCUGCUCUGAAGCAGAAUGAGCCCCAGUGGUGCAGUGGUUAGAGUGCAGUACUCCAGGGUACUUCUGCUGACUGACGGCUGCCAGCCAAUCAAAUCUCACCAGGCUCAAGGUUGACUCAGCCUUCCAUCCUUCCGAGGUGGGUAAAAUGAGGAUCCAGAUUGUUGGAGGCAAUAUGCUGACUCUAAACCAUUUAGAGAGGGCUGUAAAGCAGGGGUGAAAUGCUCCCAGUUUGGACCGGAUCGCCAAAAUCCCUCCCCCAUCCAUGCCCAGCUGAGCCGCGCGAUCAUCAGAGGUUUUUUUUUUUUUUACUUUUAAAAGCAUUUUUUCUUCGGUCGAAAGAGAAAAGAAAAAAAGCCACUGAUGAUAGCGCGGCUCAGCUGGAAUUGACAGAGGUUUUUAAAAGCAUUUUUUCUACAACC